GAUGCAAAUAGAACACAUGAAACAGUGGAGUCUCUUUAAGACUUAUCGAAUAAGUCUCUCUUGCAUUAUCCUCUAUCCAAACAUAUAAAAAAAAUCCCUAUUAGAUAUUUUUUAUUUGGUUUGUAAAAUAUAACACAUGAAUCUAAGCUUACAUCACAUGUAUUAGAAGUAAAAACAAAGUUACCUUUGUCUAAUCCUUAGAGAGCAAGACCUUAAUUGAAGGAUUUGAUACAGAUAUGGGUCUCUCAUAGUCAACAUGCUCCUACAAAUAUGGUUCUCUCAUUUAUUUUGAAACAAUUAAGCAAACAAAGAUAUAGCAGCAGAAUAUUUAAAAAGAAUAAUAGCUAAAACAUAGAAAGAAAUAUAGUAGGAAAAGAAAGAAAAUAAUAAAUGAAACGUAAAAAGAUAAGGGAUAGAAAGAAAGAAAUAAAGGAUUCCUUUUUGAAAUUUUUUGACUUAAAAUAAAAAUGACCCAUGGGUUAUUUUAAUGAUUUAAUUGAUUAACUCGAGUUUAUAUUCGAUUAAUCAACCCAAAUAUGGAUUGAAUUCCAUUGUCAUUAAUCUAAGAACUCCUUUAAUCAAUUAAAGACAUUACAAAUGAGUUAAUUGGUUAAUCCUAAUGUGAUAAUCGAUUAACUACUGUAAAAAGCUUUUCUAAUUGAUUAACCAAGUCAGUAAUCAAUUAAGUAUGCAUACGAAAAUAUUUUUAGGUAAUUUUUAAGUAAGAGAAGUGUUGAAUAGACUUUAUGUAUGUGUGAGUUGCUUUAGUCUCAAGAGUUACUCUUAUAUUUUUUAUAAUAAAUUGAUUACUCAGAUAAGCACUAAGCGCAAUACAAGGAGAGGUUUCACAGUAUCCGUCUUUCACAUAUUUAGAUCUUCAAAUUCCUUUACUUGAUUUAACGUUCACUUAACACUUCAACUAGAACUUGAAUCUUCUAACUGAGAGGGUUUGAGAUAUCUUCUUGAUCAGAUCUCAUAAUCAAAGAUGGCUGGAUAAUUGAUAUAAACCCUUCUUUAAAAGUUGUCACCAAAGACUUAACCGUUUAACUUAAGGAGUCGUCGUCAUUGAAGUGGCUUGACAUUUGUCAUCAAUAAAAGCAUCUUAACUGUUGAACCGACUUCACAAUUGUCAUCAUAAAUUGACACUUGUCAUCAUCAAAACCAACAAGGUCAAUCAACGGUUAUAAACACUUAUACAUGCACAUAGGCAUGGUAAACAAAUCUGCCACCGGUUGAACCUGGUUGCCCCUGCUCUAAAUCUAACAUGGAAAAACCGAUUUAACUGGAGGUGGGGUAGGUCCAGGGAAAAUGUGGUUUUUAAUUAUCGGGACGAGGAAUGCUAGUAACCGGCGUAAUGGAUACCGAAGAGGGAUCAUCGAUGGGGUGAACGUAAUAGGGGCUUGUUUGAUCCAAAACUGGAUCGGAGGAGUUAGAAUUGGCGACGAAAUUUGUGCGAGGAGGAACCAUGGAUUCGCAUGCUCAAUGAUACCAUAUUGAACGAAUUGAAAAAGAAAGCAUUGCAGUGAUGUAACAAAAAUCUAACAGAAAACAGUUGGAGAAGAUAACAUAUUAUUGACUACUAUUGAUUCAAAUUGAAUGAAUAACAAAAGGAGAUGAUUGGAGCUUUUAUACAAGUGUAAGAUAAAGCCUAUAUUAUACACGUUACUUCUACAAUCCUAUAAUUAAACCAAUUAGUCUCAACCAUUGGAUUGAUUGAACUUGACUAUCUUAAUAACAUGCAAGAGCUGCAUGAAUAACUUGAAUGCAUAACUUGAAGGUGAUAAAGAAUAAAAAAACUAAAAGUUUUAUUUAUUGAUCAAAUUAAAAAAUUAUUAGUUUAUGCUGGUAUGUUUUUGCUUUAUUUUCUUUACAAAACAUAUCAUAAUUAAUGAAUGAUUCAUCUAAUAAAAAGUUGUCACAUGUAGCGAGGCUUACGGCAAGGUGUGAGCGAAAGUUACAGUGUAAUUUAAGUUCGUGAAAAUACAUAACAAACGAGGUCUGGGUGGUGUAGUUGGUUAUCACGCUAGUCUCACACACUAGAGGUCCCCAGUUCGAACCUGGGCUCAGACAAAUGGUUUUUUUAAGUUCUUCUUUUUCUUUGGGACAACGUAGUGUGUUGAAAUAAAUAGUCAUGAAGCCCAACGAAACUUCCUAGAACUUACCCCUUGAUAUUUUAUAUUUUAACUAUUGAUCUGCUAUAUAUAAACACUUGUAUAAUAAUACACCAGGUCAUAAUUUUGUCAUUAGUGUAGACUACUUGAAGAUUUGUAAUGGCUAUGCAACAAUACGUAGGUUCUUCUUCUUCUUCAUCUUCUAACGUAGCAUCCUUGAAAAAAUAUGAUGUUUUUAUUAGCUUUCGUGGUGAUGAUACUCGUAAAACCAUUACGAGUCAUCUUUAUGAAGCUCUUAAUAAAAAAGUUCUAGUAUUUAUUGAUGACACUGAGCUUCAAAGAGGAGACGAGAUCUCGUCAACGCUGAUCAAAGCCAUUGAGGAGUCAGAUGCAUCUAUAGUCAUAUUUUCAAAAGACUAUGCUUCUUCUAAAUGGUGUUUGGAUGAACUCGUUAAGAUUUUAGAAUGCAAAAGAGAUCAGAGACAAGUUGUGAUACCUGUUUUCUAUGAAAUUGAACCAUCUCAUGUGAGGAAUCAAACUGGGACUUAUCAGCUAGCUUUUGAAAAACAUGAGCGAGAUUUGAGACACAACAAAGACAAGUUGCAGAAAUGGAAAGAUGCACUCACCGAAGCAGCCAAUUUAUCUGGAUGGAACUCUCAAAAUUACGGGAAGGAAUCAAAUUUCAUUAAGGACAUUGUUGAAGAUGUUUUGAAAAAAUUGAAUAAGAGACAUCCAUUCGAAGUUAAUAAGGAACUUGUUGGAAUUGGAGAAAAGUAUGAAGAAGUUGAACCGUUAUUGGAAUUUUGGUCAAAUGAUGUUAGAACACUUGGUUUAUGGGGCAUGGGAGGCAUAGGAAAGACCACCCUAGCUAAAUAUUUAUACGCUAAACUGUGUUCUCAAUUUGAUCGGCAUUGCUUCAUUGAAAAUAUAAGGGAAGAAUCAACCAGAAGCGGACUCAAGUUUGUACGUAACAAACUUUUUUCUUCAUUGUUGGAGCUUGGUCUUGAUGCACUUUAUGUAGAAACUCCAAUUUUCAUAAGAAGACUUGCACUUGAAAGAAGUCUCAUUGUGCUGGAUGGUGUGGAAACCUUAGAGCAAGCCGAAAAUGUUAACAUAGGUAAUAACUUCUUAGGACCUGGUAGUAGAGUGAUUAUCACAUCUAGAGAUAAGCAGAUAUUUAGUCAGUUUGAUGAAUGUGAAAUAUAUAAGGUUAUGGGAUUGAAAGAGUAUGAAUCUUUUGAACUAUUCUGUUUGAAUGCCUUUGGGAAAAAACUUGCCAACGAUGGGUAUGAGUAUCUAUCAAAAAGAGCAAUUCAAUAUUGCAGAGGCAAUCCCCUAGCUUUAAAAGUUUUAGGUGCACACUUUCGUACAAAAAGUAAACAAGUGUGGGAAAGUGAAUUGGAGAAGCUCAAAAAGAUUCCCAAUGGAAGAAUUUAUGAUGUGUUAAAAUUGAGUUUCGAUGACUUAGAUCCUACUGAAAAAGACAUAUUUUUAGACAUUGCAUGCACCCCCUUAAUCCCAAGAGACUCUUAUUAUUAUUGUCCACCAAUAUAUUCCCCAAGAGCUAUAUGGGAUGCUUGCCAUUUCUUUCCGGAAAGUGGAUUAGAAGUACUUCGACAUAAAGCACUUAUAUCUGAAAAAGAUGAAAUGCAUGGUUUGUUAGUAGAAAUGGGAAAAGAGAUUGUUAGAAAAGAAUCUGCCAAAGCUCCAGGAAGAAGAAGCCGAUUGUGGGAUUCUAUGGAAGUGUAUGAUGUAUUGAAAUAUAAAAUGGGAACUGAAGUUGUUGAAGCUAUAGAGUUUGAGCCUUAUAAACUUGGGGAUUUAUACUUGAGCUCUGAUUGUUUUAAGGGUAUGACGAAUUUAAGAUAUCUUCGUAUCAAAAUGGUUCCAGAAAUAAGUCUACAUCUCCUUGAAGGUUUAGAGUGGUUGUCUGAUAAAUUGAGGUAUUUUUAUUGGCGUUCAUUCCCACUCGAGUCUUUGCCAACAGCCUUUUGUGGUGAAUGGCUUGUAUAUCUUAUAAUGAAGAAAAGCAAGCUUAAAAAGCUUUGGGAUGGAAUCCAGAGGCUUGAUAAUUUAAUGAUUCUUGAUCUUGCAUACUCCAAAGACCUAAUUGAAAUUCCAGACUUAUCAAGGGCUCCAAAUCUCCAAUUAGUAAAUCUUCAUAAUUGCGAGAGUCUCUGUCAACUCCAUCCAUCCAUUUUCAGCACCCCUAAGCUUAUAGAAUUAAAUCUAAAUAGAUGCACAAAAAUUGAAAGCCUGAAAACUAAGAUUCAUUCCAAAUCUUUACGAAAACUCCAUCUCAAUGAAUGUUCAUCUCUGGUAGAAUUCUCGGUGACAUCAGAGGAAAUGACGGAGUUGGUGUUAAAUGGCACUGCUGUACAUGUAUUUCCAUCAUCCAUGUGGAAUAAUAGUAAACUCACUACUCUCUCUCUACAGGAUUGCGAGAAGCUUAAUAUUGUUGGGAAGAAAUUACCAAAUGAUAUAGGAUUGAGGUUUCUUAAAGAUUUGCGGUUGUCGAGAAGCACACAAAUCAAUACAUCAAAUCUUUGGUUCAUCCUUGAAGGCACAUCAUCUUUAGAAAAACUAUACAUGAUAGGGUGCUGCAACUUAGAAACUCUCCCGGAUAAUAUCCAAAACAAUCUAAUGUUGAAAACUCUUGAUUUAAGUAAAUGUUCGAAACUUGAGUCCCUGCCAAACCUUCCAGCAUCCUUAGAAAUUCUUAAUUUAAUUGAUUGUGGGAUACUUAAGUCGUUACCAAAGCUUCCAGCAUCCUUGAAAACUCUUGAUUUAAGUAAAUGUUCGAAACUUGAGUCUCUACCAAAACUUCCUGCAUCCCUACAAAUUCUUGAUUUAAAUGAUUGUGGGUUGUUCAAGUCGUUACCAAAGCUUCCAGCAUCCUUGAACACUCUUGAUUUAGAUGAAUGCAGGAAACUUAAGUCCCUACCAAAGCUUCCGUCCUCCUUGGAAAACUUGACAGCCACGAAUUGCAUUCAUCUGGACACUGACUCAAAUAAACACCUAAUGCUUGGGAACAUGUUACACCGAAACAACCCCGAUCCCAAGAUUACAAGAAGUUUUUUUUGCAGAUUAGCUUUCCUUCCUUUCCUUCCUGGAGCCCAAAUUCCUAGAGAGUUUGAUUUUCGUACUACAGAGACUUCAAUAGUUAUUCCUCCUAUUCCAAAAUCUGGCUUCUAUUGCUUAGUGUAUUAUAUCAUCCUCUCAGAGAAUAUCUAUAACCUUGUUUGUACUAUCCAUGAUCAGUUCGGAACAGUUGAUAAAUGUUUUGUAAAUCUAAAAGAGAGAAAGACAUUACUUUCGGAUCAUCUAUUAAUAGGCAGUUAUUUUAAUAGCUCUCGGUUGGAGAGGGUGGGGAGUCAAAACGAAGGUGAUCAUUACAACCUUUCAUUUGAAUUCAAACAUAGAGAGAGUGAAGAGAAAGUAUGGUCAACAAAGGGGAUCAAGGGUUGUGGGGUCAUCCCUGUAUAUGGCUUCGAAAAUAGUUUGAGGUUUUAUGGUAAAAGCAACAGUAGAGUUGAAAUUGUUGAAUUACAACCCAACGCUCAAAUUUCUGAUGAUUCUGAUCAAUAUUCUAGAUGCUCUACAGAUGAAGAUGAAGAAAACCCGCUAAAACGAUCCAAGAGGACUUGAAUGAUAAAUCUUCUUGUGAAUGUUCAAUAGGUUUUGAAGAGGAUGUGUCAGAUGAAUGGGCGUAUCCCCAAUGUAUUAAGAGGAGGCGGCAAUAACAUUGGCGCAUGCAUUGGACUCCUCAUGAGAAGGCGCCAAUGCUAGUGGCGCAUGCAUGACCCUCAUGAGGAGGCGCCAAUGCUAAUGACGCCUAGGUGCAUUUGGUUGGUGGGCGCCAAUUCAUCUGGCGCAUGUAUGUUCUUUCAUAUGCGCGUCAAUCCCUCAGGUGUCCACAUGUUAUGUACAAUUGAUGUUCCGUCUCUAUAAAUACCACGUCUUCGAUGCAAUAUCUUUCACUCAAACUCAUCUCCUAAUACCAUAAUUUGUCUAGUUCAACCACCAUCAAUUUCAAUUUUCUCUAUUUCAACAAUGUCUGCAUACAUUCAGAAAUGAAAUGCUGAUUUAAUAUUUUCCGCCGUUGCGGCUCCGAUACAGAUUCGAAUUUGGAACACAGAUACGUUUGAACGUCUUAAUCAGACGUUGUACAGUUGGUUAGAGGGAGAAAUUGGAGAGGGUGAACGAAUUAGAAGAAUACAAUGACUUGUGUCCACGUUCAACAAAAACGGAGAAGUGCGCGAAUGAGUGGAUAUUAAGACCGACCAAGACGCUCGUAGGAUGAUGCAUUACAUGUUCAAAAUUGUUUUGAUGGUUGUAAUUGCAUAGUUCUUGUAUUGUAUUUGUUAUAAUUAUUUGUGUUACUGUUUAUGUAAUGGUAUUUUCAUCAAAGACGUCUAAUAUGAAAUAAAUUU